AUGGGGGAGCGUUGUUGUGCGGUGGUGCGGGUGCUGGUGCUGCAGGCGGCCUGGGCGCUGUCGGGCGGGCAGGUGCGGUACUCGGUGCCGGAGGAAGCCAAGGCCGGCACGGUGGUGGGCCGUCUGGCGCAGGACCUGGGCCUGGAGGCGGGCGAGGCGGAGGCGCGGCGGCUGCGGCUGGUGGCGCAGGGCCGGCGGGCGAGCGUGGAGGUGAGCGGGGCGAGCGGCGCGCUGCUGGUGAGCUCGCGGCUCGACCGGGAGGAGCUGUGCGGCAAGAGCGCGCCGUGCGCGCUGCGGCUGGAGGUGCUGGUGGAGCGGCCGCUGCGCGUCUUCCAUGUGCAGCUGGAGGUCACCGACAUCAACGACAAUGCCCCCGUCUUCCGCGUGAACGAGGAAGCCCUUAACAUCGCGGAGUCAUCUCUGCCGGGGUCUCGUUUCCCGCUGGAGGGCGCGUCGGAUGCGGAUAUCGGAGCGAACGCGCAGCUCUCCUAUACACUCAGCCCCAGCGAGUAUUUCAGUCUCGACCAUCAGGGGAAUAAUGACAAGAGCGCAUCUUUAGGUCUUAUUUUAACGAAAGCUUUGGACCGCGAGACGAUUCCCGUUCACCGGUUGGUGCUGACGGCGAGUGACGGGGGCCGGCCGUCUCUGACGGGCACCAUGGAGCUGGUGAUCUCGGUGCUGGAUGCAAACGACAACGCGCCCCAGUUCAACCAGUCAGUGUAUAAAGUUAAAAUCUUAGAGGGUUCAGAGCUCGGGACUCUGUUAGUCACGCUUAGUGCCACAGAUCCUGACGAAGGGAUCAAUAGCGAUAUUAUAUAUUUAUUUAGUAGACAUGUCAGUACAAAAGUUAAAGAAAUGUUCACUAUCGAUGAAAACAAAGGAGAAAUCAGUCUUCAAGGCAAGUUAGACUAUGAAGAAAUAGAUAGUUACGAGAUCCCUGUAGAAGCAAGAGACAAAGGCUCCCCCCCGCUGUCGGGUCACUGCAAGGUGCUGGUGGAGGUGCUGGAUGUGAACGACAACGCGCCGGAGGUGUGGGUGACGUCGCUGUCGGUGCCGGUGCCGGAGGACGCGUCGGUGGGGACGGUGGUGGCCCUGCUGAGCGUGUCGGACCGGGACUCGGGGGCGAACGGUCGCGUGCGGUGCUGGGUGUGGCCGGCGUCGCCGUUCGGUCUGGAGGCGACGUUCGCGGGCUCGUACUCGCUGGUGCUGCGCGAGGCGCUGGACCGGGAGCGGGUGUCGGAGUACGAGGUGGAGGUGCGUGCGGAGGACGGCGGGGCGCCGGCGCUGCGCGGCAGGCGCGGGCUGCGGGUGGCGGUGUCGGACGUGAACGACAACGCGCCGGCGUUCGCGCAGGCCGUGUACACGGUGCUGGCGCGGGAGAACAACGCGGCGGGCGCGGAGCUGGCGCGGCUGUGGGCGCGGGACCCGGACGAGGCGGGCAACGGGCGCGUGAGCUACUCGGUGUGGGAGGGCGGCGUGGGCGGCGGGUGGCGUCCGGCGUCGAGCUACGUGUCGGUGGACGCGGAGAGCGGGCGUCUGUGGGCGCUGCAGCCCUUGGACUACGAGGAGCUGCAGGUGCUGCAGUUCGAGGUGCGUGCGGUGGACGCGGGCGAGCCGCCGCUGUGCGGCAACGCCACGGUGCAGCUGUUCGUGCUGGACGAGAACGACAACGCGCCGGCGCUGCUGCCGCCUGCGGGCUCGGCGCCGGAGGCGGGCGGCGUGGCGGGCGAGGCGGCGGCGGCGGCGGCGGCGGCGGCGGCGGCGGCGGGCUCGGUGUCGGGCACGCUGUGGGCAUGGGCGGCGUGGGGGGCGCCGGCGGGGCAGGUGGUGGCGAAGAUCCGCGCCGUGGACGCCGACUCGGGCUACAACGCGUGGCUGCGCUACGAGCUGUGGGAGCCGCGGGGCAAGGGCCCGUUCCGCGUGGGGCUCUACAGCGGCGAGGUGAGCACGGCGCGGGCGCUGGAGGAGGCGGACGGCCCUCGCCAGCGGCUGCUGAUCGUGGUGCGCGACCACGGCGAGCCGGCGCGCUCGGCCACGGCCACGCUCAGCGUGUCGCUGGUGGAGGCCGCCGAGGCGGCGCUGGCCGCGGCCGCGGGAUCGUCGUCGUCGUCGUCGCGGUCGGCGGCGGGCGCGGAGAUGGGCGCUGGUGCGGCGAGUGCGGCGACGAACGUGUGGCUGGUGGUGGCCAUCUGCGCGGUGUCGAGCCUGUUCCUGCUGGCCGUGGUGCUGUACGGGGCGUCGCGCUGGGCGCCGCGGGCGGCCGUGCUGUCGGGGCCCGGGCCCACGACGCUCGUGUGCGCCAGCGAAGUGGGCAGCUGGUCGUACUCGCAGCGCCACAGCCGGAGCCUGUGCGUGGCGGACGGCGCGGGCAAGAGCGACCUCAUGGUUUUCAGCCCCAACUUCCCUCCGCCGCCGCCCGGCCCCGCGGCCAAGGACACGCAGCCGGAGCCCUCCGCUCUCCUGGACACGGUCAGUGGCACCGCCUUGCUCGCCUCUACUCUUUCUCUUUCCCUUUGUCCCUUCUCUCUCAUUUCCUAACCUGGCUCUGCUAUUAGCCGGGCUCCGCCUUCUCGGCCUGACGGCGAUGGGUGCUUAAGUUAAUUGUAUUGGGUGUUAAUUGCACCUUUGUAUCUGCUGCCUCUUCCUUGCAGGGUAAGGGUAGUGCGGUAACCUCUUUGUGUAGACCCCUGAGAUUUGCUGGUGUGGAUGUGAAUUGUUCCGCCCUAGAAUGAAAUCACUGCUGGUUGCCAUGGGAGCUGUCCUGUGAUGCCUGGAGGUUUCCGUUUUGGAGACAACGCUCCUGCUUGCUGGUUGUGUAGAUUUUCCACACGAGCUUGCUGAAGCUGUGCAGGACAGGCUGUGACGGUGACAGUCCCCCAAGUGCUGUGUACCUCCUCAUUGCCUUUGCUGACUGUGGUGGUAUCACAUGUGGUUUCUUCUGUGCCCUCAUGUUCUGUCAUGUGUCCUCUACAAGCGAUGCGAGGCAAGGUGACCAAUUGGACUUGUGUUCCCACGUCAUUAUUAAAACUGGGAAGGCAUUGUGGUCUUUUCAUGUUUUGUUUCGCGCCCAGUUUUUGUUAGCUGCAGUUGUUAACUUGCAUUCCUGGC